AUGAGAUUCCAGCUUCUGUGCUCUCCCUUUGUGAGGCAGGCACUGGUCAACAUGGUGGGAAUCCCAAAGCAAAUGAACCCAGAUGAUCUGAAGACAAUGGCACUGUCAGACACUCAGGUCCACGGGAAGAACUUUUUCCUGGCUUUUGGUACCAUUCAGAAGGUAGUGCCCAGUUGCGAAAGCACAUCUCCAGAAAGCCUGAACACAGGCCAUAAAUGGUUACGCUUCCACUUUUGCCUCUAUGGAAGGAUCUGUACCAAUGAGUUUGCAAGAGCCAACAAGGCAAACAAAAGAAGAGACUGGAAAGAUCCAAUUCCCAAGUAUGAAUGGCUGGUUCUGCAUUUGGAUGGCGGGAGACUCCUUGUCUUUUACGGCUGCCAAAUCCAGCAGUGUUCUUCUCCUGUUGCUGAGCCGGCCACUGACAUCCUGAGCCCGGAGUUCAACCAGGAACAGGUUAUGGAGGCCCUGCGUAAAGCCACAUCUGUGUCGUUGACUCCUGGAUCAAGGGGAAGGGCUGAAGCAAAGGAAUGGCAGGAGCUCCAGAGCUCUCGCCGUGUGAUCCACAGCAGCAAUCCUGAAGUGAAUUGUGGAAGGGGAACGCCGGGGCCUGGGGCAGACUUGUGCCCAAGGGCCCCGGCAAGUCUGGGGCUGGUCCUGGAGCCAAGGAGCUUGGGCCUGCACCAGGCUGCUCAGAUUGGAGACUUCCCCUUGACCCAGGAGUCAACGACACAGAUGUGGCUUUACGCAGGGCCUCCAUAA